CGCAAGGAUUGCUCACCUGCCCGGCAUCACAUCGCUCCCCUUAACCCAACUUGCCCUCGAAUGGCAUCAUCUACCACUCACUUUACCCACACUCGCUCUUCGAUCGAACAUAAUCUCUGCCCUGCUGGCAGCUCAAACACAUUCGCUUCUUCACUACAUACAUCCGCGUCUGCUUCGUCUGUGACAAGCGGUCUUCUCGAGCCUUCGCACCUUUUGCAAGAUGGGGCUCGCUUUCCUCGCAUCUGUGCUGCUUCUCAUGCCCUUGGGCAUUGCCCUUGUGGCUGCUGUCACCUUUGGCGUAGCACUUUUCCUCCAGUCAGCCUACAACCUGACCAUCGGAGAGUACAUCGUCAAUCCCUGGAAGCACAUUCCUGCUGCCACUCAUGAGGGUUCGGUCUUGUCGACGAUGCUCAUGGGUGAUUUCGGUAUCAUCAAGGCCUCUGAGCCUGCAGAGCAACAUGCUCGCUGGAUCUCGGAGCUCGGCUCCGUCUUCCGAUACCGCCACAUGUUCGGUAAGCCCCGCAUCUUCAUUUCUGAUCCAAAAGCCCUUCUGUACAUUCACGGCCCUGGUCGCGCAUACAAGUACCCUAAGAGCACUCCUACCCGUGUCUUCCUGGACGCUGUGAUGGGUGAGGGCUUGAUUAGUAUUGAGGGCGACAAGCAUCGCCGCCAGCGCCGCAUCAUUUCCCCCGCUUUCACCAACGCUGCGGUCAAGGAGCUGCAACCAGUCAUGGAGAAGCACGGAGCAAACCUCGCAACCAAGAUCGGCAAAAUUAUUGACGGAUCUGUGGACCGCAGAAAGGGACUGGUUUCCAAGACAAAGUUGCAGGAUGGCGAGACGCCCCCCGAUCUUGCAGUUCACUUGCACAGUUACAAGGGGCAAGUCGCAGUCGUCGAUGUUCUCUUCUGGGCUUCGCGCACCGCACUAGACGUCAUCGGUGACGCUGGCUUCAACUACCAGUUCAACUCACUCGAGCACGGAAACGAGGACGAGCUUAGCGAGGCUUACAACAAUUUGAUGACUGCUUGCAUGGAUGUUGACCUCUUCCAAGCUGUCACCAUCUUGCUCUCAGAGAUUCCCGGACUGAACUGGAUGCGCAACAUCCCCACCCACCGCAACAAGACCAUCUGGAGCGCCCGUGCGACCAGUGGCCGCUACGCCAAGUCCAUCGUCGCUCGUGCGAAGGCCGAGAUCGCGGCAGAGGCUGCUGCCGCUGCGGGCAUUCCCGCAGGUGGACUCAAGUCCCGCCGUUCUCAGGCUUCUCUUCGCACAACUCCCUCUUCCGCAUCUCUUCGUCAGCGCGCUGGUCACGCCGCCUCUGUAGCCGAUGACUCAGGGGAUGACAAAGCUACCAACGUCGAUGACCUCAACCCGCCCCAGCCGUCUUCUCGUGCCCAAUCUGUAUUGACCAAGGAUGCCUUCGACGAUGUUCAGACUACCAAGUCUGGAUCUCUGCUCCACCGUGUCAUUCGCGCCAACUUGGCUGCCGAUCUCCGUCCCAACGAGCGCCUCACCGACGAGGAGCUCGAGGGUGUGCCAUCUACCUUCUUGCUCGCUGGCUCCGAGACGUCCGCCACGCAGACCAGCUGGACAUUGCGCCUCAUGGCCGAGAACCUCGAUGUUCAGGAACGCCUUCGCGCUGAGAUCAUGGCAGCCAAGAAGCAACACGCUCUCGAAGGCAACGGCGCUUACGAGGGAUGCCUGCUCGGCGAUGUCCACGCCCUGCCUUACUUGGAGUGCUGCGUCAAGGAAGCUCUGCGUCUCAUGACUGCGCUCCCAAGCACUGUGCGCGAGGCCACCGAGGACGACGUCGUUCCCCUUUCCAAGCCAUACCGCAACAGCAACGGCAAGGGCACCUUCGACUCUGUUCCCAUUCCCAAGGGACACGAGCUGUUCACCCCGAUCGCAGCUGUCGGCCUGGACACUGAGCUUUGGGGCCCCGAUGCCGGCGAGUACAAGCCUGAGCGCUGGAUGAACGAGGCCAAGGACCUUCCUGCCUCUGUCAAGCCUCUUCCAGGACCUGGUCUCUACUCUUUCAUCUCUGGCCCACGCAACUGCGUCGGCCAGCGUUUCGCUCAGACCGAGAUCAAGGUCUUGCUGAGUCACAUGUUGACCAACUUCAAGUUCGAAGUUGUGCCAGGCUGGGAGCUCAAGCAGAGGCAGAUGAUUGCUCGCCGAGCACUUGUUAUUGGACAAGAGAAGUACGGAACCCGCAUGCCUUUGAUCGUCAGCAGACUCGAGUCGUCGUCUGCGUAGAAUCGCUCCGCAGAUCUCGAAUACGCGUCAUCGGACGGCAUCGCAUUUCACUCUUCGCCUUCGAGAUUCCACAUAGAUCUUUCCGUUUGCCGCUGUCUUUUGACCUGCUAUAGCGUCCUCCCCUGCGAACAGUCUACACUCCUUACCUUGACAUCCUGUAACAUUCUCUCGUCGCUGAUCAGAGCCCUGGAAUCACAACCUCCUUCCCUCACU